CGCAGGGAGCGGCGGCGGCGGCGGCGGCGGAGGCGGUGAGCGCGGGCGGCGCGGACGGCAGCGGUUGGCGGGCGGGUCCUCCGCUGUUGGGGCCGCCGCGACCUCCUUGCCCGAGCUUGGGGCGCCGCGCUGGGGAAAGCCGGGGGCCCGGGCACAUCGGCGUCAGACCUGGGAGUACUUUCUUUGUGCCAAAUCAUUGCCACUUGCCACUUGCCACAUGAGCGUAAAUGAUGGCGGAUGCCAAGUAUGUCCUCUGCCGAUGGGAAAAGCGAUUAUGGCCUGCAAAGGUUUUGGCCCGAACCGAGACUUCAACAAAAAAUAAGAGAAAAAAGGAACAUUUUCUGGAUGUUCAAAUCCUCUCCCUAGAGGAAAAGUUAAGUGUUGUGUUGUUUUAAUACGGUUUUUUUAAUACUGUGUAGAUUUCUGAUACUUCAAUCCCCUACUCCCCCAAAACAGUUGAAGCCCACUCUUAAUGGGCUUAUUCACCAUUUAUGUAAUUCAUUAAUGCUCAUAAUAACCUCAUGAGAAAGCAACUAGUUUGAUUUUAUGUCAGUUUGGAAGCUGAAGAUCCAAACGAGGCAUUCUGUGAUAUCUAUGGAGAGAUUGGUACAAACAUUGAAUACAUGUAAAUUAUACUCAGGGUAGACCCUAUUUGUGGGUAAAAUAGGGAUAUUUCCUUUUUUUUUUUUUUUUUUUUGACUAUUUCUUAAUCAGUGCCAUGCCAGAAAAAUAGGGAUAUUUCCUUCCCAGAGAUCUGUGUGUCUUUUUUCAGAAACGUCUGUGACAGGCCCAUCAAUUUUGAAAUAUUUGGUUUUUGAGCCUGUCACUCUAAACUAGUGUUUAACGUUCAAAAGGCAAAUAACUGAUGACCAGGCGGCACAUUGUUCCGCUCUGUGAGUGUCUGGCACUGGGAAGGUGUAGAUCGUCUAGAAUGACGGUGAUUCUGACGCCCCAGUCAGUCCUGUGUGAUUGUGGCAAGGGCGCGUCUGGCACUAGGAACGUGUAGAUCGUCUAGAAUGACGGCGAUUCUGAUGCCGCGGUCAGUCCUGUGUGAUUGUGGCGAGGGCGCGUCUGUCGUGAGAAUUCGCAGUUCUGAAGAGAGCAAGGAGACUGAUCCCGCGCAGUCCAAGCCAUCGGCUCCCCUGUUGCUCUUCCUUGUGGAGCUCCCCCUGCCCCACUCCUUCCUGCCUGCAUCUUCACAGCUGCCUCGGAAGCUCGCUUGGUCCCUAGCUCACACUUUCCUGCGGCUGGGAAGAAUUAAGGUGAAAAGCACUGAAGCUGAGAUCCUAGAGAAGUCUCAAAUUGAAGCCAUUGCUUCCUCGUUAGGCAACGCGAAUCCCCUGAGCUGAAGGAGAAGGAAAAAUGGAUUUGCUUUCUUAAACCUUUCCAGAAUUUGCCCCUAGAACCACUCGUGUUCUUGACGCCCAGAAUGGUCAGUGGUGAGCAUCAAGGUCAUCUCAUUACCUCCGUGGCCUCCAGUACACAAGACGAGGAAGGACUUUGCUGCCAUGAGCAGGAGCCUCGCAGAAUGAGGUUCCUGCGGCACCCCUGGAAGAACUGGCCUACAGACGGUCGCUUCGCGUGGCUCUGGAUGUUCUGAGCGACGGGCCCGUUUGGAGUCAAGAAAGCCCUGCAGGGACAGGUAGAGCCAACCGGUCUCUGCGAGGGAAGCCCAUGGAACACGUCUCCUCACCCUGUGAUUCGAACUCCUCACCUCUUCCCCGCGGAGACGUGUUGGGCAGUUCCAGACCUCACAGGAGGAGGCCAUGCGUGCAACAAAGCCCGUCAAGUUCGUUCACUUGUGAAAAGGACCCCGAGUGCAUAGUGGACCACAAGAAGGGGCUCAGGAGAAGUGAAAACCCAAGAGGCCCGUCGGUCCUCCCAGCUGGAGGUGGUGCCCAGGAUGAGAGCGGGUCCAGAAUCCACCACAGAAAUUGGACUCCUGCGAGUAAGAAGGGAGGAAACUCAGCGCAGAAGGCUAGCUUGUGCCCGAGUGGGUCUUCCCUUUCAGAGGACGAUGCGGAGAGAGACGUGGGGAGCAAAGGAGGCAGCUGGGCAGCCCCGUCCUUGCCCUCCGGGGUCAGGGAGGACGAUCCCUGUGCCAACGCUGAGGGACGCGACCCCGGUCUGCCCUUGGGCAGCCUCACUGUGCUCCCAGCCCCUGAGCCCUUGGCCUGCUCAGAGCCUGGAGAAUGCCCAGCAAAAAAGAGGCUGCGCCUGGAUGGCAGCCAGAGGCCGCCUGCCGGGCAGCUGGAGCCCAGGGCAGCAGGGGCCGCACCAUCCCCCGGGCCGGGGUCGGGGCCCAGAGAGUGUAUGACCCUGCGCAGCACCGCUAGGCUCGGCCCGCCUCCCUCCCACACCUCUGUGGGUGAAACCAGAUGUCCUCCUUGCCCGGAUUCCCAGAAGCUGGAGAAAGACUGCCAGUCUUCCGAAGAGUCCAUGGGGUCUAAUUCCAUGCGUUCUAUCCUGGAGGAAGAUGAGGAAGACGAGGAGCCACCAAGAGUCCUUUUAUACCAUGAACCACGUUCGUUCGAAGUAGGAAUGCUAGUCUGGCUUAAAUAUAAAAAAUACCCCUCCUGGCCAGCAGUGGUCAAAAGCGUCAGGCAGAGAGAUAAGAAAGCAAGUGUGCUGUACAUCGAAGGACACAUGAACCCGAAAAUGAAAGGUUUCACAGUGUCUCUUAAAAGUUUAAAGCACUUUGAUUGUAAAGAGAAACAGACGCUUCUGAGCCAAGCCAGGGAGGACUUCGACCAGGCCAUCGGCUGGUGCGUCUCCCUCAUCACCGACUACAGGGUCCGGUUAGGCUGCGGGUCUUUUGCUGGCUCUUUCCUGGAAUAUUACGCGGCUGAUAUAAGCUAUCCUGUCCGAAAAUCCAUCCAGCAGGACGUCCUGGGGACCAAGUUUCCUCAACUGAGCAAGGGGAGCCCCGAGGAGCCCGUGGUGGGGUGGCCCCUGGGGCAGAGGCAGCCCUGCCGGAAAGUGCUCCCCGACCGCUCGCGGGCUGCCCGGGACCGGGCCAACCAGAAGCUGGUGGAGUACAUCGUGAAGGCCAAGGGCGCGGAGAGCCACCUGCGGGCCAUCCUGAAGAGCAGGAAGCCAUCUCGCUGGCUGCAGUCCUUCCUGAACUCCAGCCAGUACGUGACCUGCGUGGAGACCUACUUGGAGGAUGAGGGGCAGCUGGACCUGGUGGUGAAGUACCUGCAGGGCGUCUACCAGGAGGUGGGUGCCAAGGUGCUCCGGCGCACCAACGGCGACCGGAUCCGGUUCAUUCUGGACGUGCUUCUGCCCGAGGCCAUCAUCUGUGCGAUCUCUGCAGUGGACGAGGUGGACUACAAGACGGCCGAGGAGAAGUACAUCAAGGGGCCUUCGCUGAGCUACCGGGAAAAAGAAAUAUUUGACAACCAGCUCCUUGAAGAGCGGAACCGGCGCCGUCGGUGAUGGAGCAGCCGGCUGUGCUGUCAGCGGGGCCUGGCGGUGGAGGCGCCUCCAGUGUGUGUGAGCGUGUCUGAAGAUGGGGGCUCGGGGGCACAUCUGCGUUUGGACCGGUCUGUGCGUUCUCCUGCGUGGCGGUCCUGAUUUCCAUACUUCUGGAGAAUCCACUUCGUUAACUUUGAAAGCCAGUUCUCUUUUCCUGGCAGUUUUUUUCAUUUUAUUUUUGGCAUUUUUUACAAGAUACCGUUCGGGAAAGGCUUUUGAAAGGACGGAAGCAUAUUCACUGUGUGCCAGUACUCGUGGCUGUGCUGUGCUUUCUCCCGAUGUGCACGUUUAUCUCGUAUGUGUGGCAUCUGAUAUUAAACGGGAGGAUUUAAGAAG